CUAGCGAAGAUCAAGAUACCUCACCAACAUGUCCAUUGCCAGAGGAGUAAUUCUCCAACCCAGGGAGGCCCCUACCCUAUGACGAGAAGUAGAACAUUAGUGGUCUGGUGGACCAAACCAAUUCAUUAGACUGUGUCGUGAUAUAAGAGGAAACAUGUAGCUCAAGGAAAAUUUAAUUCCUAUCUAAUUGAGACGGCGUCAAACUAAUAAUAACAAGUUUACGUAGCCAAAUUUUGCACUUGCCUCUUCAGUUUCAUCAGUAGUAAAGUUAAAAUUGUUGAUGAUAGAUUGUCUUUGAAGUUUUCCAUCGGCAAAUACAGUUUAACUUGUUGAUCAAAUCUCUCAUUGGCAGUUUAAGUUCCUGAUUGCAGCCAUAAAAGACAGGUGCUUCAUCUUUAAAACUAUCCAAUCUCACAUGGAUGUAUCAGAUUAAAACAACAGUAGUCUAUUAGUUUUCUCAGUCAAUUUGACCGGUUCCUCAAGCAUAAAAAGUCAGCGUACCAGCUGGAAAAUUGUGGCCUUCUCACCAUAGAUCCACUACUAGUGUUGGCAUCCAUCCCAUUAGAGUGGCUGGUUAGGAGUUGCCUUAUAAAAGCACAGCAGAGUUGAAAAUAAAACAGGGCAGAUAGAGAUGUGGACCGCUUAAAGUAGGAUAUAGAGGCAAGAACACCUCCCCUGGAACUAGUUUUAAUUAAGAUGAGAUGCAUGUGAUAUAUCUUUCGCUUUUACAAUCCACUUCUUCAAAGCAAAGUUCCAGGAUAAAUAAUGGGCCUACCCCAAUUGCUUUCUUGAUAGGGAAAAAUCCCCAUUAGAAAAAAAUUAAAGCAGCAAAGGAGAAAAGGAAAAGAAAAGCUACAAGGAAAAAAGCUCAUAUAUAGAAUGAAAGGAGAAGAUAUGGAGGAGGUAAUGAUGAUGAUUAGCAGCCCCGGUAAUCCCAGCAAUGAGACUAUUCCUCAAGAACACAUCACCACUACCACUUGCCCUAGCUGGAAACUUUACGACAAUCCUUUUUAUUAUUCUCACCAUCAUCAACAACAACUAUGCCAAAGUAACAAGCAUCUACAUCAAGUAAACCUCCCUCUCUCAGCUCGAAAGAUCGCAGCCUCUUUCUGGGAUCUAACCUUCUUCAAACCUUCAGUUAUGGAUUCUGAACUGGAUAUUGCUCGAGCCCAGAUCAUUGACUUGAAAGCUGAGCUAGAGUACGAACGUAAAGCGCGAAAAAAGGCAGAGUCCCUCAAUAAGAAAUUGGCUAAAGAGUUUGCCGAGGAAAGAAGGGGAAGAGAAGCAUUGGAGAGAGUAUGUGAAGAGCUUGCAAGAGAAAUUUCAUUUGAUAAAGCAGAGAUUGAUCGAAUGAAGAGAGAAUUUGAGGAGGAAAGAAAGAUGCUAAGGAUGGCUGAAGUUUUAAGGGAAGAGAGAGUUCAAAUGAAGCUGGCCGAGGCUAAGAUUCUCUUUGAAGAGAAGUUAUUAGAAUUGGAGGAGACUAAACGUACACCACUAGCUGAUACUUCAGUUUCCAGAAUUGAACAGAAGAAUAAAGAAGAUAAAUUACCAGCAUUCACCGCAAAUCUUUCAGAGAAGUUUUCGAGGUUAGUUUUCAAUGAGAAAUCUUGUGACAAUAGUAACACCGCUGUUGAUUCAAGAGAGUCAACAAGAUUUGCAUUGAGUGAAAAGUCAUCAUCCUGUUACGAUAAUAUAAGCAGUAGUACUGUCUCUUCAUCCAUGGCAUUUCAGCGGAAAGCAUCCCUAGAACCUGAGAAUCCUCACAUAAAACGAGGGAUUAAAGGGUUUGUCGAAUUCCCAAGAGUGGUUCGAGCAAUUGGAUCAAAGAGUAGGCAUUGGGGCACAAAGCUGGAGUGCCAAAAGGCUCAGUUAAGCAUCCUACUAAAGCAGAAGAGCCCCAUCCGAUCAAAUAGUCUUAUUACGAGUUGAAGAUAUCAAUUCCCUUGAUCAAACCCUUUACCUCUCCAAGUAAUUUGACUUCCGUUUUUUGGCUUAAAUUUUCUUUCUUUCUAUCUUAUUUUCUUGUUGAAUUGUUUCUGCUAAUGGGUUGCUGCCCCGAACCAAAAUAUCUUGUUCUUGAAAGAGUAGAGUAAAUAUAUGCUUUGAGUUUGUAAUUUGCUGUAAGGGUGUCAGGAUGUAUAUGAGUUUGUGUUCAUCAACAUUUAUGUGUUUGAAAUUGGAAAAUGCUGGUUCGGAACGGAUCUGAGUAAAAAAUGUGUUGGAAACUACAAAAAACUCAUUGUAAAGAACUGCUAAAAGCUCAUUUUUUUAGUAAUAGACAUCUGCACAUGCUGGACUUUAUUUCCAAGCCAUUAGUGGAUCUUGACAUAGAUAAAAGUAAUGAACAAUUUUUCGGUGAAACUUUGGGACUUAGGGUUUGGAAAAUUCAACGAUCUUUGGGGACAGAUGACAUGUGCAUUAAAACUGUUUUUUCAAGUGAAGUAAAACUAGUUCAGAAGUCACUUUCCAUUUCUUAGGAAUAGCAGGGACAAUAAUAAAGCAAAAGUGUGUAGGGUUAGGGAGCCGUAAGUAACAGUCGUAAUUCUCGUGAAAAUCACCAACAUCUGAAUCUGAUGUAUAGCAUUGAGUUGAGAGUGUAUUUAGAGAUAAAAAUGGUGAAUUUUAAUAGUCUAGACUAAAGUGAGUAUGUGUUUAAAGUUUUCCUUUGACAAAAACCAAAAGAUCACAACUGUUACCGAAGAAUUCUCCUUCAAGGGUAGAAUUUUUUUUUUAAUUCAGAGUUUAAUUUAGUUCAUUUAUGUAGAUUAUUUGAGUUUAAUUUUAACACCUAUAUGUCAUGAUUUCCUUUAUCUCUAAAUUAUUCUUUUCUCCUCUUAACUUCAUCUAAA